UCGAUAGGCAGGUCUGCUACCCUAUACGAUGGUUGGUAACUCUGGCCGUUUCCGCCCUCCAUCUUUCUGCAUUGACUUUUCACGAUGCCGCCUAAGAAGGACGCGAAGUCUUCGGCCAAGCAGCCGCAAAAGACACAGAAGAAGAAGGAGGGAUCCGGCGGCGGCAAGGCCAAGAAGAAGAAGUGGUCCAAGGGAAAAGUCAGGGACAAGCUGAACAACCAGGUGCUGUUCGACAAGGCUACCUACGAGAAGCUGUACAAGGAAGUGCCCGCCUACAAGCUGAUCACCCCCUCGGUGGUCUCUGAGCGUCUGAAGAUCCGCGGCUCCCUGGCCAAGCGUGCUCUGAUCGAGCUGCGCGAGAAGGGUCUGAUCAAGCAGGUUGUGCAGCAUCAUUCCCAGGUCAUCUACACACGUGCCACCAAGGGUGAUGAGGCGUAAAUGUUUUACCUUUUGCCCAUCUCGCAAAUCCGUGGCUGCAUUCGCUUUACAAAAGGACUCUGAUUGUAUUCGAGAGCACUACGAUGCCGCUGUGUGUGAAAUGUUGAAUAAACUUGCUUUCUUAUUGAUGUAAGGGA